GGAAAGGCCUUUACCAACAAUAGCGUACUGCAUGACCUUGGCCCGGUCAUUACUGAAUGGGAGCAAGUAUCAAAUAAACGCAACCCACAUUGCUAAGUUGUGAUAGCAUCCAUUUGCCUUCUGAAGCUCAAAUUGAAGAAAAGAAGCCCUGUUCCCCUCACAAAAGAAAACCAAAAAAAACAAAACUCGAACAAUAGUCUUAUUCCUGUACAACACGACUUUCACCCAACCCACCAUAGGGCGGUCUUAUUUGAUCACCUGAUUACCUAGGUACAACUUCUGUUUCCAAUAGACAGCCCGGAUCAAUGAUAUGCCUCAGCAUUCCAGACGAAUUCAAGCGUGAUUGUAGUUCUUCAAUCGGUGAUGCCAUGCUUGACAGUCUAGACGAGGAGGUCUGCCCCACAGCACGAUGAGAAAAAUGCCGGACAGGCUCCGCGAGCAAUUCGAUUUCGAAACGUCGACAGAUAUUGUGAUGCUCUAGUGCUGGGAGUGAGAAUCUGAAAUACAGAAGAAGACUGUUUGUGUCGCCGGGUGCUCUGCGACCCAGAUGAAGAAGCCACAACAGGCAAGCUCAUCUCCAGGUCGGUUGGUCGGCAACCUUGGACAGCAAGGUGAGCUUGACGUUGCAUCGCGAGGUCAGCACAGUCUAUUUGGAUGGCCAAUAUAAAAGACAUCACAUCGCAGGGACUGUGCCGGAGACUUCUAACCAACCACGAUCUUCCCGAAGAUGUGUCACUUGUCUUGUUGGUUCCAGCGCAAGUGACGUGUUGAGGAUGCUAUCAUUGAUGGACGACUCUGAGGCCACAUUUCCUAUCAAGCAGACUUCAAGUUCUGGCCUUUUGGUCCACACACAGAAUUGUACAGCAAACGAUAACUUUUCUGCGGUGGUGCCUGGCCGGCAGCCCUGGACCCUUGCAGAACGGCGCAGAACGGCAGAACGGCGCAGAACGGCAGAACGGCGGUUCGUUCUGCGGCGGCCCCACAUGGUGCCCGUACAGCCGAUGGAGGCUAGUAGGCUAGCGUGGACUUCUCCGAAUCCAGCUCCAAGCUCGAGCUCCAAGCUCCAAGCUUGAUGAAGUCACCUCAGGUCACCUCAAUUCACCUGGGCCGUGCCCCACGGGGUUGUCUGAAUUAGCCCAGGAACCGACUCUGCCCAUGGCCGUGAAGAUGGCAGGAGAGGGUAGCAUCGUGAGUUAGGGAGGUCGUCGUCCGGCGCGGGCACCUGCGUUUUUGGCCUCAAGUGCUGGUUGCUACACAGGUCCUAGGUACGUACUACAUAAUAGGAAGCCAGGGCUGCAUUCGGGUGGCUGGUGUUGCCCUCUCAGCCCCUGUCACCCCACAAUCCCAACCACCGGGCAUUCUGAUAUCGCAUCCGCCCCUCUCUCAUCCAGCCAGCCCAGCCUCCUUCCCGGAGACCCUCGCCGUCAUGUCGGUGGCAUCGCAGCUGGCAUCACAGCGACAGGGUCCGGCAUGGUUGGGCGUGGACCACCUCACGUCCACCUCACCUCCUGGCUGCCAGGCUGCCAGCAGCACCGAGCUGUCGCCAACCACAUGUCACCAACUGCAUCACACAUCAUGCAGCCCUCCUAACCUGCAUUGCAUCUCCCGCCAGCAAUUGGCCCGUCAUUGCCUCCAAGUGGAUGCCUCGUGUUUACUGCCCUGCCCCGUCCUGCCGUCCUGGUUGCCACCACCCAUCCGCACGCGCACGCGCACCCACACCCACUCGUGAACCAAACGCCCCAAACGCCCCGUCAUGACAUCUGCAACCCGCCAAGCAUGAACUUUCAGAACCUGAACUUCGACUACGUGGAGCCACCCCCCUUCCAAGCCGCCACCCGCCGAUAUCUCACUGCAGCAACAACUUCCACCUCGGCCACACUGCCUGCCAUCUCUGCCUGUCAUGGUCCAAUAGACGGUGCAGAACAUGCUUCACUCAAACAAGCAUCUCUGUCACCUCAGCCAUCGCUCACACCUCACGCCUUGAGCUCGUCAUCGUCCGCGCUCUCACACUCUUCGUCCGAGAUAUACGGCCCUGAGCGGCUCUACGGACCUCCUCUGGUGCCACACGCAAUGGCAAACCAAACCGGACAGCCCUCACAGGCUUGGCCUCAGCCGCAGUACACCCCAGAACAGCUGCGCGUGAUUGCCGAGGCACAACGUCGCCGCUCAGUUCCUGUUGUUCCCAUCGCCGGCAGGCCCGCUGAGGUCUUUCGCGACCAAUUGGCCCUCGAGGCCGCCCGUGUCACUCCCGGCGUUGAUGACACACCUUAUAUACAGUAUGCCUUGGAGGCCAUGACCCGGGAGCAACAAGGACAGUCGAGCCCGUCGUCUGUCAUCUCAGAGGGCCAACGACCUGUCCCCGACCGCGGCCUCGGCUACUACCAGCACCAAAACCCCCCCUUCACGCCGCAGCCAGCCUCUUCUCGCUCGCGAAAUCUGACAGGACACAAUGAAGAACAGAGCGCACCACUUCUUCAACCAGCUCCUGAACUCACGCCAGCUUCCCAGCGCUCCUCAUUGUCGACUUUGGUGAGAGGCAACAAUACAAAUGUGACAGCUCUGCCGGCCCAGUCAUCACCGGAGGCAUGGCGACCGAUCGAGCCAGAGCUCAUGACAGACGGGCGAGAGAGGAUCAACCCAAAAUUGGUCUUCAAACCGAACAGUCUGCGACCGGCAUCCAUUAUCACCUUGUUGAUCCUGUGCAUCGCGAUGAUCGGGGCACUGGGAUUCUGCGCAAUCUACUCGGCGCGUUCGGCCGGACUUUGGCAGUACUCUGGUUCGAUUUACAGCGGCCAAUACUUCUUGUUCCGUGUGUUCCCGGCGAUAUUAGGCGCCGGCAUCCUUUUUUACGCUCAGGCUAUCGCCACGACUAUGAUGCGCAUACGCCCUUUUGCGAGGUUAGCUUCAGCUGAGAAAAAGGGGCGCCAAGAUGCCAUCUUUGACGAGCUCUACCCCACGUCUUUCCUCCGCCCACAACUGGUGGGCACAUGGGAUGUACGGGUGCCGAUGUUCAUCACCUGGGUCAUGAAUAUCACUCUCCCGCUUCAGAGCUGCUUGUUCACCGUCAUUUAUGUGGACGGCCACUGGCGAUGGGCUACAGUUCAAGGUGUUGCCUGGACGCUGGUGGCUUUGUACAUACUGCUAGCUGUGGCAAUUGUCAUUGAGCUCAGCCGUUGGUUGAAGGGGAAAACUGGAGUGAUGUGGGAUCCGAGAUCGAUUGCGGACGUCAUCGCCAUCGUCUCUCAAAGUGACACCUUGGCAGAGUACAAGGGCACGGAGACUAUGGGUUCUAGAGAUGACAUGAGGCAUGUCUUGCAAGACAGGAGAUUUGACCUGCUUGCCUACUGGACCUCGGCAGACCACAGCAAGCACCACGACUUGUGGUAUGCCUUGGGAUCUGGCAGCUACCAGGAUGCAUGGGGCUCGCCUGCACUUUUCAGAGAAACCUUUGAAGAGAAGGGCAUGGCCCAGAACCACGAGAAGCUCACACCUGCGGAACGAAAAGCUCAGAGGCGAAGCUUCUUGUGGGAUGGCAUCCAAUAUGCCUCGCCGGACUUGCCGACAGUCCGAUACCGAUACAUGCCACUAUGUUUGAUGGACAUCACGCUCAUAUGCCUCAUCGGCCUUGGCCUGGUGAUUGUUCUCGCUGUCUUUGUGGUUUCCUUCAUACCAAGCACCAGGAUCACCAAUGGUUUCCUUCCUCGCCUCUCAGCGGCGCCCAUCAAAGGCGCGUUUUCAGCAGCAGACUUUCUGUACAGUUUUAUUCCAGCACUUCUGGGGCUGGUUCUAUUCAUGGUCUUCCAAGACAUCGACCUAAGCCUUCGGAUUCUCCAGCCCUGGGGCGAACUGAGCAAACCGCCCGGCGGGGGAGCCCUUCCGGAGGCGUCUAUCCUCGCGGAUUAUGCGUGCUGUUACCCCUUCCAGGGCGCAUGGCAUGCUUUGCGAAACGGGCACUGGCGGCUCGCCUACAUAUCGCUUUUUUCAACGCUCUUCGUUUUUCUCCCGAUCUUCGCGGGAGGUAUGUUCAUCGCCCUCACACCAGAGGAUAACAUCGUGCGCGUGUUUCCUCAGAUCCCGCUAUUCGCACUCACAUUAGCCCUCCUCGUGCUCUACUGGCUCGCUUUAGUGAUACUGUACCCGAGGAGGAAGCAAUUUCGCCUUCCUCACAAGGCUACCUGCCUCGCUGAAAUCAUCAGUUUCGUUGCGAACGAUGACUUGAUGAGCGAUGAGGUCUUCCAGGGCAUGAUCAGGAAUAAGACUACGCUGGUGGGAAAGCUUGGCGUGGACAGGAGAGACGAUGUGAAGCCGCGAUGGGUGUUCAGCGUCGGCGGCGCGGGCGCGAGAGAUGAUAGGCUCAGUGUUCGGAAGGUGCGCAAGUAUACGGAGCCGCGCGGUGGUGCGUCCAGAGGAGAAAGCGCGAGGCUGAUGAGCCCUCGGGGCACCGGGGCGCCGAGUUUAGGCACGGGCACACUGAGCAGCAGUAGGAGAGAGGCGAGGAGAGCAGAGAGAGAUGUCCGCAUCAGCCCGCAGUACGUUUUUGCUGGCAACAGUUAGACGGUCGUCGGAUGGAUAGGUCCGGAGAUGUCUUUCUUCUGCGCCUGCAGACCUGGAGGGUGAGUUUACUUGCAUGGCACGGCGUUCGCGGUUUGCAUUUGAUUUAAAACUCGGACAACGAUUUUAUGUGACGAAGAAUUACGUACGAUACGAGCGACUUUGGGGCUUCAUAAGACCUUGGGACAGAAUUGGGACGAGACAUAGAUUUCAGGCAACUCUGAUCGACUUGCUCGAUUGGUAGACUCUGCGGGAAAAGCGGACAUAAUAAAGUGGAGGGCUCGAUAAAGCCGUAAUAAUAAUAGCCAUAUAUCCGCCCAGGGCCCUGUGCUGCUCACAUCGACACAUUGAAUCCAGACUGGGAACAACAACACACAGGCAGUAAGCCUGUCCGACGAGGCGCAAUGGAAGAUUCCUGACAAGAGCUUCAAAAACCACCACGCCGUCACCGAGCCUGCCGAGGUGGUGCAUUCGUCAGUGUCUCCUGGAAACGAAAUCAAUGUCAACAAGAUUCGCAACUGUGGAUAGGAAUUCGUGGCUGGAAAGUUGACUUAGCCCUAAUUGCCCGCAGUCGGAAUCAUUCCGGCAAAACGCUGUCACACCCCCGCCGGCUGGCGUUGCUGGCUGUGGAAGAACAGGCACCGGCGAGACCUUUCAGAGCUUUUCGUCACCACUUGGGAUGAUCUGAAUACCGCAUCCUGUCCCCUGGGAGCAAGAUGGCCUCGCAAAUCUUCCAGCAUGGCAUUCAACAAGCCAUUCUGACGCAACAUCGGGAGUAGACCAAGUUCCCUCUGGCUCCCUUUCAACAACGUUGCUGCAUGUAGCCUAGAUGCCGCCGUGCUUGUAUACAUUUCCCUGCUGCUGAGCCAUC